GGAGGUGGGCUGUCAGUGGGAGAGUCCAGAGGAGGAGAAGAAGGAGGUGGGCUGUCAGUGGGAGAGUCCAGAGGAGGAGAAGAGGAGGGAGGAUGUCUGUCGGACAGACGCUGGCGUCCAGGUGGACCUGCUGACUCAGCGGCUCAACUGGAGACACACAGAUGCACCAGGAGGAGGUGAGCUGAUGCCCGCUGCCCCCCCCCUCCUCUUCUGCCUGCCCUGUCUCUCCUACCCCCCCACGCUGUUACCCAGCAUGCCUCUGGGCGGCGUGUCCCCGGCUGCAGGACGGCGGCUUGAAGUUUCUCCUCCUGCUGACACGUCUGCUCCUCCUCCUGGACUCAUUGCUCCUCUGAGCGAGGAGGAGGAGGAUGAUGAUGAAGGCUCAGUGAAACAUGAUAACACUCAGCAUUUCCGUGGCAACCAGCCGUCCAUAGUAACACCACAGAAGACGAGAGGAAGAUCCUGCAGCUCCGCCCCCAGCUGUGAGAGGAGGAGGAGGAGGAGGAAGAGGAGGAGCGGGGGGGCUGAGGAAGAGGAGGAGACUCCGUCAGUCCAAAGAAAAAGGAGACGCAGGACUGCACAAAUCCAACACACCUCAGAGGAGAACCAGGAGGAGGAGCAGCAGGAGAAGACGAGGAGGAGGAGGACGGUCGGUCCACCAAUCAGAUACCUGCUAACGUCUGAGGAGCAGUCACAUGGUCUGUCAACAUCCAAUCACAGCAGAGAGAAAGAGCAGGAGGAGGAGGUGAGAAGACUGUACAGGAGGCUGAAGAGGAGUCAGCAGGAGGAGGAGGACAAGAUACUUGCUGGAGUUUGA